CACCCAUCGACGAGCGAAAGGAAGGAGGAGUCUUGAGUCUUUGACCACCAUGGAUCCUUCCGUCUGGUACCGAAGCGACUUUGGCCCCCGAUUGACGCCUGCGUCUCAGUUUGUCUUCAAUCGGUGGAGUGGUAUCGCUGACACUGACCUUCCUGCGCACUUGCACCGUAUCCGUGAUCGAGCCUGGCCCGUGGGAAAAUACCCCUGCAUCGGCCAAUGGAUGUUUCUGCUGCCGGGACUGGCAGCCUUUCCCGAAUUCCCCUCGAUUCUGCACCUCGUGCGACAACCACAGGCCACCGUGCUCGACCUGGCCUGUGGACUCGGCCAAGACCUCCGCCUCCUGGCAGCUCACGCCGACGGCGCCCCAACGGAGCGCUGGUGGGCGAUUGACCUCGAACCCCGCCUAUGGGAAUUGGGCUACGAGCUGUUUCGCGACCGUGAUCGCAUGGCGGCGCAGUUUGUGGCCGGCGACUUUCGGACCAUGGCCGCCACCGCUGGAUCGCCCCUGGGCCCCCUUUGCGGCUGCGUGGACGUGGUCAUUGCGAAUCAGUUCAUCCACCUGUUCGACCGGGCCGAUCAGCGCGAGGUGAUCAAGCGCAUUAUCGCGCUCUCGAAACCAGGCACGAUGGUGGUGGGAUUUCAACAGGGCCGGCGACAGCCCCGCGAGGAUGCGCGACCCUGGGGCACGAUGUUCUUUCACAACCGCGACUCAUUUGUCGCGCUGUGGGAGUCGAUCCAGCGCGAAACUGCCACGGAGUGGACCAUGCACGUGCGCGAGGUGGAUUUACUACAGAAUUGGGGCUUGCAAAAGGAAGACGUGGCUUGGAUGCCCGCGGAUCAACGCGGGUUGGAGUUUGUAUUUGUACGUAGCAACUAA